CUGCUCAGGUAUUAUCCUCGAAUGCUUCUAAGAACAUCAGAACAACAUGCCUGGACCCGCAGCAAGCGCAUCUAGCGUCGGAGCCUCCGGCCAUUCCCCCAGUAAAACGGUGGCCCCGAGAGCAGCAGGAUCCACAGUCAGACAGAGGAAAGUGACAGGCAGCAGUACACAGUCUGCAGGCAGAGCUACAGCAUCAGCAGGUACAGGAGGCAUGUGGCGCUUCUACACCGAGGACUCACCAGGACUGAAAGUUGGGCCUGUGCCAGUGCUUGUAAUGAGUUUGCUGUUCAUUGCCUCGGUCUUCAUGCUGCACAUAUGGGGAAAGUACACUCGCUCUUAAACCUCCUGACCUUUGAACUCUGACCUCCAAG